CUUUCUUUCAUACAGAAUAUAACAAAUAAUUGUUUGCAGUAUGGUACGUAAUAAAAAUACCUCUCAUAGUACUGCAUCUCAGCCUUUGACUGCAACGGCUUCUAUUUCGAAGCAUGGGCAUGCAUUGGCGUCUUUGCAUAAAGUAAAUGACGGUAUGGAAGAACCUGCAUCACCAACGAAAAUUUCAAAAAGAAAAUUAGGAUCGCUCAGCCCAUGCAAAGCAAAAAUUAUGUUACCAGUUAUGAAUGGAUUGUCAGAGACUGUAAACCAAACAGAUAAAACUGUCACUGAAGCAUAUUCGAAGAUAAAAUCAUUUGGUUCAUCUGGGCAACUUGCUCAAUGCUCAUCAUCACCUCAUAUGGUUUUAAACGGAUUUCAUAAAAAUGAACCAUCUCCUAAAAAAACUAACUUCAAGGGAAAUCUCAAAGCUAUCGAAGAAAAAAUUAAACAUCCUGAUCAGAAAUCUGACCAAAAAUUGCAAAAUAAAAGAGAAAUUGAAGGAUAUAGCUCUCGUAUGCAUGCAAAUUCCGCACAUAAUGUUUAUCGUAAAAUGUUUGGGCAAUACAAAACUGGUCAGGAAGUUUUAGCGAGGUGGUCAGAUGGACUUUAUUAUCUCGGCACAAUAUGUGAUGUAUAUGAUCAUGGUCUGCAAUGUGAAAUGAAAUUUGAGGAUGAUUCCAAAUUCUGGGUUUAUUUCAAAGACUUGCAUCAUAUUAAUUUAUCUGAAGAUUCUGAUGCAAAAGAUGGUAAAAUUGUUAAAGAGGAAGAUGAAGACGAAUUGUCAGAUGUUACUUGUGUUUUAUGUAGAGAUGGAGCUUCUGAUCCACCGAAUGAAAUUGUUUUAUGUGAUAAAUGCGGACAAGGUUAUCAUCAGGAAUGCCAUUUGCCUCAUAUUGAUUCUACUGUAUUGAAAGAUGAAGAAGUUCCAUGGCAAUGUAGAAAUUGCGUAUUUUCAGCUUGCGUAAGAAAUGGGGGAGCUAUAAAGCAUGGAGCUGGAGAAAUGAUGAAGCAGAUGAAGUGUGUUUUUCCAUAUGACAUAAACUCCCUCACUUGGAAUAAGAAUCAUAAAAUUAAUGAAGAAGAGAAAUAUUGUUACUGUGGUGGCCCAGGAGAUUGGUAUUUAAAAAUGCUUCAGUGUGCGAGGUGUGAUCAAUGGUUUCAUGAAGCUUGUCUUCAAUGUCUUGAGUCUCCAAUCUUAUAUGGUGAUAGAUAUUACUUGUUCGUGUGUGCAGUAUGCAACAAUGGCAAUGAGUAUAUAAAGCGUCUACCUAUGAAAUGGGUUGAUGUUAUUCAUUUGGUUCUGUACAACAUAACAAUCGCUAAGAAGGUUAAAUAUUACGAUGUCGACAGUAUGAUUACAUUCUUCAAUAAACAUAUGGAAUCACUGAGAUUGGGCAGUAUGGCAAAAGAUGUAGCUACCAGAUCUCAUUUAAGACAAAAAGUUAACGACACUCUUCAACAUUAUAAAACAAGAUUUCAGAGCAGUACCGAAUGCAAGAAAACCAAAGUACUUUGGGGUCUCAGGAAUCGUUCUCCACCUCUUCCUCCUUCAAUAUCUUUACCAGCCGGUUUGGAAAUUAAUGAUGACACUUUUGAAACAUUAGACCUGAAACAUGGCUCCGGUGCACUGAGUGACUCACCGACUCCGCUGAAAAAGAAUGGACCUUGUCAACCAGGUGUUCCAGUUUCUCCUCGUUCUAAUGCACAGGCAUCUGUCAGAAGUCCAGUUAAAGAUCUUGUGAAAAGCGGUUUAUUCAACGUAGCAUCACCAGUAGAUUCUGCCAGAGAUAAUUUGUUUGAAAGAUUUGAAAGUGAUGGUAGUAUGCCUCCACCACCCAAGAAAGGUAGACCAGGCCGGCGUUCUAAAUCAGAGGGUCUUAAAAGAAGCUUGUCAAAUUCUUCACUUAACUCGUCCAAAGCUUCAUGGCCUGGUCCUCCAUCCAAGCGAAGAAAACGCAAGAAUUCUGAUGUUUCAACAAGUUUCUGUUCUUCUGGAAGCACAGAUGAUGUCAAAUCGCUCAGAGAUGCGAUGGCUCAAUACUUUGGUGCAGAAGAUAGAGUCAAAUGUGGAGAGAGAUUCAGGGUGCUUGGGAAACGCAUAAGGUUUGACAAUGAUGGGAAAGAGCGGUUUGAAUACCUUAUUGAAUGGGAAGGCUAUACUGCCAGAGAUUUAGAGUCGAUGAAAAAGUAUUUGAAUGGAAAGAAUGAUGAUUGUUAACACAAAUCAAGGAGAAUCAUGCUAGGAGUGCAUAUUUAACAUGAAUUCCUCAUGUGAUGGUAAAUUUUGCGACCGAACCAGUUCACGCUCCGAUUAGUUGAAGUUCAAACUAAAUCUAUUCAUUACAUGUAUCUUCUAUGGCUGGUAUGCUCAAUUUAACAGAUAAUUGUCAUUUGAAAUAGUACAGGCUCUCUCUGGAAACUAUUUUCCAGACUUUUAAUAACUGGAACGAAAGGGGCUGAGCUGUGUCGCUCAAUUCCCUGCCACAGCGUACAGUGCUAACACUGCUAAGCGAGCGACACCAUCAUAUACAGUCUUAAAGCUCUCCUUAGUUUUCCUUCCUUUUAGUUUUACUUUUUAACAGUAAGAUCACUGCCAUUGGAAUUUUUAUUUAGUCCGUAAGAUUAAAGUUACAUUUCAGUCCUAAUAUAUACUGCAAAAGCAACCGGUUGUGCACAAUUAUUACAGACCAUUAGCAAAUUUCAUUGGGAACAUAAAUGAAAACUUAUAGUCUUAGGUUGUGCGGUGUCUAUUUAAAAUAAUGAAACGUUAUUUCAAUGCAUUAUUGACUUGAAAAAGACUGCGCACAAUGGCUACAUUUGGUCAUGGAACUUUCUAUUUUUGAUAUUAGUCCGAAAGCAUUGAAAUAAAAUUUCCUUGAGGAAAGUAAAUCUGUUGUCUUUAUAUAUCAACCAUGUUCAAUGAUGAGCGUAUUAUACCUAAAUUGUGAACAUUGUACUGUUUAUGGCAAGAGAAAUCAUUUAGGGUAUGUCAUUUUUUAAUAAAGUUCUGUUAUGUGAUCAUGGUUACUAAAGUAAAGGAAGUUCGAAUCGUCAGUUAAAUUUUUUAAUUUGUUUCAUUCAGAUUUUUUAAUGAUAUAUUGAUGUAAAUGGAGUUUUUUUUCAUUAUGAAAAGUUGAAAUCACUAAAUCCACAUGUUAAUGUAUUAAGUUAUUAAAUUGUUUUAUCUAGUACCUAAAAUUGUGGUUUUCAACAUUUUUGGUGAAGCAGACCCCCAAAUAACAUUCCAGAGGCUCGAGGUACCCUUGCGCAAUAGUUUAAUUGUUUUUUAUUGUAUAAAUUGCCUAAGCUAUAAAUAUAUACAAUAGCAAAUCUAAUACCGACAAAACGAAAUGAUCUGCAAAGUGUUCCAAGUGGCGUACUUAAUAGGUAUAUGAUUAUAGUUAAACAAUAUACACAUAUUAAAAUAGACUCUGAUUUGAAGGGUGUUUCUAAAAUGUCGUGUCCCACUUGUUCAACGUGCCCCACCAACCAUAAUAUGUGCGAAACAAUCGGCGGUAUUAGCGACUAGUGGGACACAUGGGAGAAGUGGGACACAACAUUCUGGAGACACCGUGAUUUGAAUAGAAACUUGCAGAUACCAUGGACAGUACUGGUGGAACCCUUGGGUUGAGAGGAAUAGUUGUUGAAAACCAAAGAUCUAGAACAUGAAUUUAGUAGUGAAAUUUUUUGCCAAUCUUUUUUGACCAUUGCCCAUGCUCCAUAACUAAAGUAUUCCUAGUAGAUCUGUCAAGUUUUGUGAAUGUAAUAACGACUGCCGGACUGUGUCAACUGGAUGUUUGGUUCUAAAUAGUAGAAGCCAUUUUUAUUACUGCCUCCUCACAGCACCUGCAAGCAUUGGGUACACACUUAUAGCAGUUUUAUAGACCAUUGUUUUUUUCUAAUUGUAUCUAUCUUAUAUACUUUUCUACUAUAUACUUUUGCCCAUCUUCAGUUUUACAGGAUACCAUGUAUUAUUUUAUUUAACUCGUGCCCCCCUGUUCAUCAUUCAAACUACACAUAUCCGAGUCUAAUGUGUAUUUUACCAAUUUAAUGGUAUUCCACUUUUUAUGGCAAAAACAAACCAAAGGCUUUAUAGUUGAAUGUAUUUAGUAUACAACCAAUACACAAGUUAGAAUUCACAAGUACUUAUUAGAGCACAAAAGUACUUUUAUUUUGAUUCAUAUACAUGCACAAGAAGGUAAAAAUCCUUGUCUGUGACUGAAAAUAAGGUUUUCAGGUAGUAAAACAGAAACCAGGCAAUUUCUCUUUGAUGGGAAAAGUAUGGAAGCAAAAUUGCAUAAAAAAAAAUAAUUUCCUCCGUGUCUCGUGUCUACCAAUUCUAGAUCAGGUUAUUAUGUUGAAUCAUAUAUUAUGCUGCAAGUGUGGUUAAUAAUAUUCAAAUAUUCAUUCUGCGAUGAACCAACACCAUUAUUGCAUGAAGUUCUGUAAUGUAGUGGUAUUAAUGAAGUUAAUGAUAAUCAAUGUUCCAAACUAAAUUUGUCAGGUGACUUGAAGACUUGUUCUAUCCAGUCUUGGUACAUAUAUUUGUGCCAAAUAUAAUUCUUCUUGCUAUCCAGUGACAAGUAACCAAUUGUACACUUUUAUUUUUGCUGCUUCUUGUGUUGAUUUUAACCAAUGUCAUUUUAUUAUUAGAAAAAUAAAGAGAAUUCAAUGUUU